AUGGCAGCAUCGAGUUCAUCAGGCAGGAUACCUCAAGGAGAGGUGAUAAUGGAUUUUGCUGACGGAGGACAGUAUAUCAAACAUAAAUUGGAAAACGCAGUGUUAGAAGUUGAAAGACGUAAAAUAACCAAAGAGGAGGGAAUUAAAGCUCAAAAAGCUAUGGAAGCUUUGGAUGUCAAACCUAAUGGAGUAGGGGCAGGUGCGGAUGGUGUGAAAUCUGAAGAUGUCGAUUUCAUCGUCGCUCAGAUAGGAUGUACGAAAGAAGAAGCUACUGAGAAUCUCAAAGCGGAGAAAGGUGAUUUGGUGAAAGCUUUGAUUAAAUCCGUUCAGCCUAGACCUAGAGCUAGGUCGGUAGAUGGUGGUGCGGAGGUAAAGAAGUAA